CCUUCACACUUUGACGACAUAUAGUAUAGCAUUUGUAUAUAUAUUUGGAAGACAUCUGUUUUGAGCCACAACCACCAUGAACUGUGUGAUGUGCGAGGUGGCCAACAUAUCACCCUUUUCGGGGCAACCUUCGUUCGAGGUUUCUGUGUGCCCUCACGAGCACUAUCAGUGUGUGCGCUGCGACAACGAGAACCAGAACCAUUGUGGCCUGUGCGGCGAAGGAACCUACCUGAUCUACCUGGACUUGAGAUUCGCCGCUGCGCAGUCGGACACGGCCAGUUCGGGGAACCUUUGGCAGAAUGAGGACUAUUGGGACAAUUGGCCCCGAGAAUCAUGGUCGAUGGUCAAGUUCAGGGGCACCUAUGAACAGUCAAGUAGCUCCAUGAUAGCUCCUCGAUAUUGGAAUCCGGGAUGUCGCCAGCCGAUAGACGAUUUAGAUCUAGGGGAAGAUUCCAUUGGACAACUUGAUGAAAUGAAAGCCGAGUCUUCAUCCAAUACUAGCAACGAUUUACGUGAAAUAUGGAAUGCCAAGGACUUUAAAUCAGGCCUAAAAUAUUUCGUUGCUAAAGAGAGUGACAUAGUAAAAGGACACUUUUAUAAAGAACAACAACUUAUAUUAAGUCCAUUAUAUCUCCACAAAGCAGAAAGCCACGCAAUAGCUAAAAAAUCCACGACCAUUAUUGGAAUAAGGGCUUUACAACAAGGCUUUCCUUCUGGUAGUCAUGAUAGCAAAUUAAAAUCUAUAACCACCAUAAGCAACUCUUUUACGAAUUCAAAAGUUAUGUAUUUAGAGGAUUACACUGCCGAGGAGAAGCGUUUGCUAAUUGGUUAUCCCAAUAGAGAUAAGAUUUCCGGCGGACAUUGCCUACAAGAUGAUGCCGUAAAAGAUGAAAAGAAAGAAUUGUUUACAGGGGAAUACACUUCCCUAUACAGAACAGCAGAAAGAGCCCCUACAAAAGACCAGAAAGCUUAUCAAUUGGAGCCGCAUGUCGUUGAUCACAAGGAUAUACCAUUGAGUUUCUUCCGCCCAAAGGAACCCAAGAAGACACUACAAACCUUAUUUUUUAAAAAUAUUUCCGGGACCUAUCCAACUAUGAAAGGUUUACCUUUGGAUUACUUUUCUGCUGUACAAAAGCAUCCAUUUUCGAUACCAAAAAGACCCGUGAAGUUGCUAUGGUCGGAGCCACGAAGUAUGAUUUCCAGUACUCCCAGAAAUCAAUUAUCCCUGGUUCGACGUGUCCGCUUUGGAGGUAAAAACUUUAAGGGCUUGCACAGUGAAGUGGUUACCUGUCCGGAGGAUUUGGUCGCCGAUCUCCAGGUGCUAAAAUCAAGAAAAGGAAAGGUGAUGCUUCCAAUUCCUGUACAUGGCCUGGGUAGGAAUUUUCAAUUUCCCAAAUGUCCGGACUUUGAUUGCGGAGAGUAUCUGUAUUCAUCGAAUAUGAACGACCAUAUGGCAUUAUUACAUGGCAAUCGGGUAGUGGAAAGCUUGGAAUUAAAUCAACCAAAGAGUUUCUGUCUCGACUUGAGAUCCUCGAAUCGAAAGGUGAGAUGUCAUGCUGUCUUGCAACUGCGAAAUGUGGUCAAUGACUGGGGCUUUAUGCCAAAGCAGGAUAUAUUACCCAUCCUGAUCAUGAGUAGGGAAGUUAAUUUAAGCGAGAUACUGGACAACGAACGAUUGAAACAGCGACUAACUAUUAUUUGGGUCGCAGCUCUCAUCGCCGAUUGUCUGCCAUUGAAUAUAAACAUAACUUUGUGGCCGAGGACUGGCAAAUCGCCCGAGAGUAUCAUAUCAUUCACCGGAAGACCCCACGAUAUCGGAGACAUUCUUCAACCCAUCGACUUAAUCAAGUGUGGCAAGGUCAUUAUACUAACAGAAGAUCAGGUGCAAAAUCUCACAAACGACGGCAGGGAUUCGGUAGGCAUUCAGUUGGUUGCCAUGAUUAGCCAACGUAUCAUUUCUACCAAUUAUCAAAGCAAAGCUUUUGGAAAUUAGAAAUGAGGGAAAAUAACUACAAGUGUUGAAAGUAAAUUUGUAUGUGAUAUUCUGAAUACUUUGAUAAAAAUUCGUAUAUAUAUAUUAAUGCACCUUAUA